AUGCAGUUCAAGCUCUUCGUUGCCCCUCUCCUUUUCGCCCUGGCCAUGGCUGCUCCCUCUUUCGAGGACGGCCAUCUCGCCAAGCGUACCUGCGGCACCCUUACCGGCGAGAAGCUGAAGAUCUGCCAGGAAGCUUGCAAGGCCAUUUGCUCGGCUGGAACUGCAGGGAUUGCCUCCGGUCUUUGUGAGAAGGCCUGUGACCUUGGUCCCUUGAAGCGUGAGGCCGCUCCCGAGCCUGAGCCCUCUUUCGGACAGAAGGCCUGCGAUGUUGCUUGUGACGUUGCUUGCAACUCUACCGUCCUCGCUCUGGAGCAGCGCAAGUGCCUUGAGAAAUGUGUAAGUGUCAUCCAUCAAUAUUCCUUUCCCGGUUUUCACAGUGCUGACUGGAUUCCAUGUUACAGAAGGCCAAGUGCGACAACUAGAUUUCGGGGUCUUCAUGUAAUCCCAAGUCUUUGUGAUAGCGAAUCUGAGGAAGACGAAUUAAUCUCACUAUCCCUUAGUGAAAUUAACCUCGAAAAUGUCUACGUGAGAGGAAAUGAUCAAAGAAAAUGCAGGUAUUCCGGUCACGCGGCUUACUCCAAUAGAAGUGACUACAUUGUUUAUAAACCGGUCCAUCUAGAUCUUAUAUAUACUCGAUCUCGAGUCUCAUUGUUAUAUAUUACUAAUGAGGACAUGAUGUUGCUCGGUAACAUUCAUUGGAUCGCUAUGAAGCUGUGA